AUGACAGCCCAACAUCCAAAUAUUACCCGGUUGAUUGGCUACUGCUAUUAUCUAGGACAUCAACGCAUUAAGUACAAUGAUGAAUAUGUUUUUGCCCAUGUGGUAGAAAAAUUUCUGUGCUUUGAAUACUUGAAGAGUGGAAGCCUUGACAAGCAUAUUUCUGAUGAAUCAUGCGGACUAGAUUGGCACACACGCUUCAAAAUUAUUAAGGGAGUUAGUGAGGGCUUAAAUUACCUUCAUAAUGGAUGCAAAGAUUCUAUUUACCAUCUUGACUUGAAACCUGGAAAUAUAUUGCUGGACAAGAACAUGGUCCCAAAAAUUGGAGAUUUUGGUCUGUCAAGACUUUUCCAAUCAGAAAAAACCCAUAUCACAAGCAAAUUUGUGGGAACAGUUGGCAGGUCAUGA